AUGGAUUCAUCGCUUGCGAUGCCGUUGCCCUACACGACGAUCAUCCGUAUUCCGACCCGUGAAAGCGUAAACAAGCGAUGGAUCUUAAGAGCAACCCAGUGCAGAGGCGAGGCGAGGUGCCACUGGCAGGCACGUGCGGGGGCGGUGGUCGCGUGCGCAGGCAACGCGCUCCACGAAGCGCUGCUGGCGCGCGGCGCGCUGCGGCACGUGAACAUGACGGUGCCGGAGGCGAUCGCGGCGGCGGGCGCGCGGGCCAAGUUCGUGUGCGAGUGGCGCUCGCUGGUGUACCUCAUGGACCUGGGCGCGUCGCUGUUCGAGCAGCUGGCGGAGACGCUGGCCGACUGGGAGCGCAACCCGCCGCCGCGCCGCCACGGCCACGACCUCUACGUGGUGCUCAUCGCCGACAACCGCUCCGUGCUGCUCGUCUUCCAGAAGGACCAGGACCGGGUGAGUCUCAUCGAUUCUCACCAACAUCAGGCUCAUGGUGCAGUGGUUGUUCAAGUGCAGACAGCCUAUCUUCAACAGCUUUGUGCAUGGUAUAACUCUCUUCUUCAGUCAUGUUAUGGUGCAAGACCUGAAUGUUAUGAACUG